AUGACGAAACCUUCCGCCAAAGACUUAUCGCACCAUUUGAGUGUCGAGGCCAAGUCCAGAAAAAACUCCCCCUUGAAAGGAGCCUUCAAGUACUACAACAAGCCUGGAAUCACAUUCUUGGGCGGUGGUCUUCCACUCUCCGAUUACUUCCCAUUUGACAAGAUCUCCGCUGAUUGUCCCUCUGCGCCAUUCGCAAACGGAAUUGGUGCUCAAAUCACCAAAGAUGAUAAGACCGUGGUGGAAGUGUAUAAGGAUGCAGCCAAGAAUGACCCUGCAAACCACGAUGUGAACUUGGCUAAAUCAUUACAGUAUGGAUUCACCGAAGGCCACACCGAGCUCAUGGACUUCGUCAAGAAGCACACUGAUACCAUCCACAAGAUUCCCUAUGAGGACUGGACCGCAAUUGCCUCUAUUGGAAACACACAGUCGUGGGAUGCAUGUUUGAGAACCUUUGUCACGAGAGGCGAUGCCAUUUUGGUCGAGGAGUUCAGUUUCUCAUCUGCCUUGGAGACGGCUCAUGCUCAAGGUGUCACCACAUACCCUGUUCAAAUGGACGGCGAGGGUGUGAUUCCAGAGGCAUUGAGCGAGGUCUUGGACAACUGGGUGGGACCUAAGCCCAAGUUGUUCUACACCAUCUGCACUGGCCAAAACCCAACGGGAUCAUGCGUCAGUGAAGAAAGAAGAAGAGCCAUCUACCAAUUGGCCCAGAAGCACGACUUCAUCAUUGUGGAGGACGAGCCAUACUACUUCUUGCAAAUGGAAACAUACACCAGAGACGAGAAGGAGAGACAAGGCAAACACGUGCAUAGCCACGAGGAGUUUGUCAAGGCCUUGGUUCCCUCUUACCUUUCCAUGGAUGUGGACGGUAGAGUCCUUAGACUUGACUCUGUGUCCAAGACAAUCGCGCCAGGAUCCAGAUUCGGCUGGAUCGUUGGCCAGGAGAAGUUGCUUGAACGUUUUGUCAGACUUCAUGAGGUCAGUAUCCAGUGUCCUUCUGGUUUCGCCCAAUCUACCUUGAACGGUCUCUUCCAGAGAUGGGGUCAAGCUGGCUACUUGGACUGGUUGAUUGGUUUGAGAGCUGAAUACACCCAUAAGAGAGAUGUUGCGAUCGACUCUUUGUAUGCUCAUUUCCCUCUCGAAGUCUGCACGGUCUUGCCACCUGUUGCCGGUAUGUUCUUCAUUGUCCAAAUUGACGCCUCAAAGCAUCCUAAGUUCAAAGAGCUCGGCGAAGACCCAUUGAAAGUUGAGGAUGCCAUCUAUAACCGUGGAUUGGAGUUUGGCUGUCUCAUGAUUCCAGGCUCGUGGUUCAAGGUCGAUGGCCAGACCACUCCUCCUCAACCUCAGAUCCCAGUCGAUGAGACUCAUAAGCAUACCAUCUUCUUCAGAGGAACAUAUGCUGCCGUGCCAUUGGAUGAUUUGCAGAGAGGAUUGGAGAAGUUUGGUCAAGCUGUGAAGGCCGAGUUUGGCUUGUGA